AUGAGUGAUAAAACACUUGUGUUUGUAGGAAUUGAUUUUGGUACAACUUUUUCUUCUAUAGCUUAUUAUAAUCCUUUGAAUAAAACUGAUUGUACUAUUAAUGAUGAAGGAGGUAAUAAACAAAUACCAUCAUGGGUAAGUUUUGCUCAAAUGGAAAAUAGUGGGGUUAUUAUUGGGAAUGGAGCAAAGAAUGAAAUUUUUGGUGAAUGUGUUUUGUAUGAUUCUAAAAGAAUUAUAGGAAGUGACAUAUCUGAUAUAAGUGAUGAAGAUAAAAAGCAUUGGCCAUUUACAGUAAUAGGAAAUAACAAUGGAAAGGCAUGUAUGGAGGUAUAUAAUCCUUUUAAGCAAAAAGAUGAAAUAUUUGAACCAGAAGAAAUAUCAGGAAUGGUAUUAAAAAAUCUUAUUCUUAUGGCUAAAUCAAAAUUGGAUAAUACAGAAAUUGGUAAUAUUGUUGUUACAGUUCCUACAGAAUUUGAUGAUAAAAAAAGAAAUGCUACUUUAGCUGCUUGUAAAUUAGCAGGAAUUGAAAAUGUUACACUUGUUAAUGAACCAGUAGCUGCUCUUGUAGAAUAUAAGAGAACUCAUAAUGACGUUCUUAGUAAUGACUCUAAAGUUGUUGUAAUAGACUUUGGAGGAGGAACAUUAGACAUUUGUUGUUGUAAAUUACAAGGGAAAGAUAUUAGUACUGUGUCUGUUGGAGGAGAUAAGAAUUUAGGAGGAAAUGACUUUGAUGCAGUGUUGAUGGAAUUAAUAGAGAAGAAGAUUUAUUCAUCUGGAUUAGUUGAUGAAACAUACUUCAAAAAAAGACAAGGAAUGUCCCAACUUGAAAAGACAAAAUUAAGUAAAGCAAUUAACAAAUUAAAGAAGGAAGCUGAACGAGUUAAAAUUGAACUAAGUAGAAAUGUAGAUUGCGAAAUAAAUUUAAGUCAUAUAUUAGGAGAAGAUAAUAAUGAUGAUCUAGACAUUGGUUUAAGUGUUUCAAGGAAAGAAUUUGAAGAGCUUUGUGAAAAGAAAGGAUUAUAUAAAAGACUUAUUUCAAAAAUAAAAGAAGUUACAGGAAAAAGUGAUUUUGUAGGAAACUCUGUUCAAUUGGUUUUAUUAGUUGGUGGAACUUGUUUGAUAAAAAGAGUAAGAGACGAAAUAGCAAAACUAUAUGACGUAAAGAAUUUUUCUGAUAUAAACUUUGAUUCACUCACUGCUGUUGCAAAAGGAGCUGCAUAUUUAUCACAUUUGAAAUCUGAAUGUUCAAUUGUUGAAGAAAAAGUAUAUGAAAUAGUACCAAAGUCUAUUGGGAUAGAAGUAAAUGAAGGAAGGUUUUAUGUACUUAUUCGUGAAGGAGAACAAUUACCUACAAGUGAAAAAACAAAGAUGUUUAAAACUUACAAAAAAAAUCAAGAAGUUGCUGACUUUAGGAUUUAUAGAGGUACUGGUAACUACACUAGUUCUCCUGGUGUAGAGUUUGUUACAGCAAUGAGUAUAAAUGGAUUUCCUUUAGGACCAGCUGGAAGUGUAACUUUUAAAUUAAAAAUUAAAUUAAAUGAAAGUGGACUUAUGGAAUUAUCUGCAAAUGUUUUUGGAACAGAUAUUCAUAAAGAACUAGCAGUUACUCUUGAUUUUGAAAAAGUUGAUGAAACAUUUGAAAGAUUAAGACAACACUUUAAUCUUUUCCCAAUAUAUUAA